GCGCAAAGAAAAGAAGAGAGGAGGAAUCCUCGCCAGCAAGCCUCAAGACCAAGUGUUCUGGUAAAAAGGACAGACCCCUUCCUUGUUUCUUAACAUGUAAGAAAAAGAUUUCCACGACCACCCUUCCCUCGGCUGUUCAAACACCAGCAUGCUUUCUUGGCACGAAACCAGCAGCAAGUCAUCACCACAGGAGCGGAGCGAAAAAGAAAGGCUGUCUUGUUUCUAUAAAGAACUCAGCAUUAUUAUGGCGCUCUCUGAGUCUGAGCUGCCUCAGAGCUCAAAAGAAUCGAAAGAAAGAAUGAGCCACGGAGAAAGAGGAAAAGCCAUCCCUCUCCGACACCCACACUCCACCGUUUGAACGCGGCAAGCAGCGCAAGGAAAGCAGACGGCGAGAUGUAUCGCUUCAGCAACACCCUGAUCGGUUACCUCAACCUGUUGACGCUGCUGGCGUCGAUCCCCAUCAUCGGCGGCGGGCUGUGGCUGGCCCGGAGCUCCGCGACGUGCGAGUCGUCUCUGCAGACGCCGCUCCUGGUGCUGGGCUUCGUGGUGCUGCUCGUCUCGCUCGCCGGGUUCGUGGGCGCCUGCUUCAACGUGGCCUGGGCGCUGUGGCUCUACCUCCUCGUCAUGCUGUUCCUCAUCGCCGCCCUCCUCGGCCUCACCGCCUUCGGCUUCGCCGUCACCGGCGGCGGCGGCGCGGUCGACGUACCCGGCCGCGUCUACCACGAGUACCGCCUCGACCACUACUCCGGCUGGCUCCGGCAUAGGAUCACGGAGCCGGGCUACUGGAAGGCGGCCAUGGCGUGCGUCGUGGGCUCCAAAACCUGCGCCAAGAUGGCUCCUUGGACGCCGCUGGACUACCUCCAAAGGGACCUCUCCCCGAUUCAGUCGGGCUGCUGCAAGCCGCCAACAUCGUGCACCUACGCUGCAGGGUCGGCGAUGGCGGCGCAAGACGAGGACUGCUACCGGUGGAACAACGCGGCCGACGUCCUCUGCUACGGUUGCGACUCGUGCAAGGCCGGUGUGCUGGAGCAGGUGCGGAGGGACUGGCACAAGCUCUCCGUCCUCAAUGUCGUCAUCCUCAUGUUUCUUAUCGGCAUCUACUCCGUCGGCUGCUGCGCCUUUCGCAACGCCCGUCGUGCCGAGUCCGAGUUCCCUUACGGCGAGAACCGCAUGUCCAAAGUCCACCCUCGGUGGGACUACUUCUGGUGGAGGUGGUGGCGAGACAGAAGAGAGCAGCUCUACUAGCGGCACUGCUUUCUCCCUGCUACAAUAAUAGAGGUUUCUAAGGUUCGGGUGUCUGCGAAGAGAAGGAACAGAGGAGUGAGGUUGUAGCUGACCUGUGUUGCAUGUUUUUGGUGGAUUUUGCACGAGAUUUCUUGUUGUUUAGAUGUUUUGUAUGUAAUCUGCGAUUGAUUGGCCAACACAAUUCACCACCAUGUAAACUACAUCUUAGUAUUAUUUUGACAUCAAAGUUUGUUGUGGCCAAUUGUUGCAAGGAAGGCAUCAACGAAUUUAUCUCGAUCAAA